AUGGAUGAGACGAACUCAUCAGAGAAGCCCGGCGAGACGCUGGUUGAAGCGACCUCCCGUGAUGUCGACGGCCCGAAAGUGGAUGAGUCCAUCUCCGAGAAUCUUGCUAAGUCGAGGUUCGAUAAUAUGUCCGUUGGCCAGACCGCAUGGGUCUUCCGGCGCGUCGCUUUCAUCUCGCUCGCCGUGUACACUGGUUAUGUUUGCGAAGGUUUCGAGCUCAAAGCUGGAAACAGUAUCAUUGCAAAUGCUGGAUUUAUCAAACAGUUUGGUAGAGAAAAUGGCUCGGGAGUAGCGGCAUUGAACCCUACUUGGGGUAAAUAUAACCUUCCGUACGACCGGAGACUCUCCAAUAUUGACCAGAAAUCAUUAGUGUCCACCUGGAGCUCUCUUCUAAACGUCGGUCAACUGGUCACAUUAGUCUACAUCUCUUGGUUUGCGGAAAAUUUUGGCCGCAAGGCAUCUUUCUAUGUUGCUUGGAUAUGGUUGGUUGUCGGUUGCAUUUUUCUCAAUACGGCAAAGACACCGGCUGUAUGGGCCCUCGGAAAACUCUGCAAUGGUGCUGGUGUCGGUGUCCUCCAGGUCAUAUGCCAGGUAUACAUCAUGGAAAUUUGCCCAAAUAAAAUACGAGGGGGCAUGAUCAGUUUCCAAGCUGUCUGGAGUAAUUCCGGUAGCAUAAUUUGCGCAGUCAUGAUGGAGCAACUUAACAAGCACCAUCCUGACAACUAUCUCUUGGCUGUGCGGAUUCUCUGGGCCCCAAUCGGGCUGAUGAUCCUCUUCUGGGUCUUUGUUCCGGAGUCACCCUGGUAUUAUGCCCGCCGUGGAGACAAGGAGAAGGCGAUGAAGUCUAUGAGGAAGCUCUACGGCAAUGUCGAGGGCUAUGAAUUUGAAGAGGAGUACAACAUUAUCGUCAAAACGAUCCAGCACGAGAGGGAGAUGUUAUCAUCGGCGCCUAAUUAUAUCCAUCUCUUUCAGGGUAGUAACUUGGGAGAAGAGGCUGGUAGGCUGACUGGCAUCGGUAGUCGUUCCGCGGCUGAGAUUGACGAACUGUACGAACGUAAGAUUCCGGUUUGGAGGUGGUCCGAGACUGUUACUUCUGCCGAGGAGCAAAUGCGCGCUGUUUUCCUUGUAAAAGCCGGCGUCGAUCAGGGGUCAAAGAAGGCGCUGACCCAAGAGUAA